UCUUCACCCUCCUCUCUCUCUCUCUCUCUCUCUCUCUCUCUCUCUCUCUCGCUCGCAUUUGCUUGCGAUUCCCAAAUCCCGAUGCCUCCUCUUGGCAACUAGCCCCCUCCUCCUCCUCCUCCUCCGCCUACGACUGCCAAAUCCCCUCCUCCACCCGCCUCCGCAUCUCCGCCAUGUCGUCGUCGGCCUCCUCCACCCCUCGCGCCGGCGGCGGUGGCAGCGGCGGGAGCCAGCACACGCCGCCACUGCCCCCGGCGCCGCAUGGGAACGGGCAUGGUGGCGGCGGCGGAGGAGGAGGAGGAGGAGGAGGCGCGCACGUGCGGCUCAUGUGCAGCUUCGGGGGACGCAUCCUGCCGCGCCCGGGCGACCACCAGCUCCGCUACGUCGGCGGGGAGACCCGCAUCGUGUCCGUCCCGCGGGCGGCGACGUUCGACGCCCUCGUCGCGGCGCUGGCCAAGGUCGCCCCCGCGCUCUUCCCGGCGGGCGGGCCAUCCCCGGCGCUCAGGUACCAGCUCCCCCAGGACGACCUCGACGCGCUCAUCUCCAUCACCUCCGACGACGACGUGGACAACCUCAUCGAGGAGAUCGACCGGUUCCAGGGCCUCGCCGCCGCCUCCAUCAAGCCGCCACGCCUCCGCCUCUUCCUCUUCGCCUCCUCGCCCGCCGACCACGCCUCCGCGGCCGCCUUCGGCUCCGUCCUCUCCGGCGCCGGCGGCGACUCCUCCUCCGACCAGUGGUUCGUCGACGCGCUCAACGCCCCCGCGCCUGCCCCCAUCGAGCGCGGCCGAUCCGAGGCCUCGUCGAUCAUCUCCGAGGUCCCCGACUACCUCUUCGGCCUCGACACCACCUCCGACGAACCCAGCCCUGGUCCCGGAGGAGCCCGCCCCAAGGUCGACACGGAGAUGGCCCACGUCGAGGACGACGCGCCGGUUCUCUCGCGGGGGACGCCGCCUGCCCCGUACGUCACCGAGAGCGCGCCAUGGCCGGCCCCGCCGCCGCCGUACAUGACGCAGCAGGUGUACUACGUCCCCGUGCGCCCGGUCCACUACCUCGAUCCGUCUUCGCAGGGCGGAUACAUGCCGGGUCCAGUCUACCACAUUGUCGGUGGCGGAGGAAGCGAGGCGCGGGGAGAUCUCUACUCCACCGGGGGCAGUGUCUCCGCCGCCGCCGGCGUCGGCGGCGUCUACGGCGUCCCGCACCCCAUGCAGCCGUUCCCGCCGAUGAUGUACGGGCACGCGCCGCCGCCCGGCGCGGUGGUCUACUCGUCGGAGGGGAAGCCGCCGAUGGAAGGUGGGGCCCACGCCUCGUAGGCCCCGCAAGUGGAGAGGAGGGAGGGAGGCAGAGCACGGCGCGGAUGAGCUGUUUCCCUGGAGGAGCUGGUCCUGAGCUCUUCCAUCCUCGUGAUUGCAUAUGCCUUAUUCUACUAAGGAUUUUUGCAUUGCCAUUGCCGUGUGGUGAAUUCUUAUUUUUAUUCUUCUUCUUUGGAUGGCUUAUGUGGGUUGCUGUAUAGAUGAGGGAGGUGGAGGAUGGGAUUGAUAUUGCAAUUUUCGUCAAGUGAAAAUAGAUUUGCUAUAGUUAUUAUAUUUAUAAUAAUAUAUUAUAUAAGAGUAAGUACAUCUGGUGUGAUUAAGUAGUAGCAAGUUAAUGUAAUAUGGGAUUCAUAUGUUCUAUGUGGUUCCUACCUGAGGAAGUCAAAAUUUUGUGUGCUGCUGGAUGCUUGAUGGAUUAAAAUGUAAACAAUUCCUGUGAUUAUAUCCAUUUUCCAGAUGAGUGCUGCACUGGAGAGAGAGGCCACUGGCUUUGAUCCAGAGAUCAAUUUUGAUUCGUUUGCAUUGGUAAUUUGUCCAUUCUGUUUGUCAAUUCUGAUCUGUUGGUUUUGAUUAUUUGAUGGCUGUUUGCUGAUGUUAGAUUCUCAACUGCCCAUCUUUUCGAAGCAUUGUCUGUGGACUUUGAAUGGCAUGUAAAGUUUAACUUUUCUUCAGAAUGAAAUGAAUAGAGAAAGGAAUGUUCGGUUAUGACUUAGAACAAAAGGAAAGUUCCAUUUCUGAAGAGAAAAGCUACGUCCAUCCUUCAGAAAUCCACAAGCCAGCAGUGGCCUAUGUACCUUUUUUUCCCAUAUAAAUAGGUUUCAGAAAUCAUUUUUCCAUAGAAAGAGAACCAGGCCAACUUAUGUUUCUCAAGGUCAAAACAAAUCAAACUCAUGCAAUUGCUCUGAAACAAUUCUCUAUAUAUGCUAUCUUAUGCCCUGAAUUCUUCAGUCUUUCAGUUUCAGAGUGUAGUGCAGAUGCAGAAAUGCCCAUAUUCAGGAAGACAUCUAAGGUAUGAUCUGCUAUAAAAGAGUAUCCAUCUCACAGAUUCAUAACCCUCAAAAAGGGUUACUUAUGCAGUGAAAAGGGUUUUAUGCUCUUUCAUACAGUGUGACAGUGUGUGUACAUAUAAUUUGGAAAAACAAAGUGAAGAUGGAUUUACAGCAGCGUUUCUCAGAUACAGCGGACUUAUAGCUACAAGCUGAUCACACAAGUGAACUUUGCUGCUGAUGAUGAUAUGGAUCAUGUUGUUA